AUGAGUCUCCCAGUGGCUUACACGAACGAGAUUCAGAAUUUGAACAGCCAAGUGCUUCGAUCCAAGCCCCGGGAUAUUCUGCAGUUCUGCUGUGAUCAUUUUGCCAGUCGACUGGCCUCGGAACGGAAGAAGAACCUGUCCGAAGAAAUCCCCAACAAACGUCUCAAGAUAGACAAAAGUCGACCUACCGCCAUGUCGAGCAGCUUCACCAGUCCCUUUGGGGCCCACACAAACCCCUUCGGUUCUAACGAGGGCAGCAUGAUGCAGAGAGUUAUGGAGGAGGAGGAGGAGAACGACACCGUUACCUCCCCCACGACUGGCACCUUCAACUUCAACUCGGGCUCCGUGUUCAGCGGCCCCUUCGGCGGCGAUGGCAGCUCCGAUCCACCCUCCUCUCUGCGAAGCCCGCCCAACCCCGAGAACUUCCCGGCUCAGUACAACUUUGGCCGCCGAACCUCUGUCUCUGCCGAGUCGCUCAAGCCUGUCGCGGAUAACAAUGACAACUGGCAGCCCCCGGUGUAUCCCAAGUCCGACGAACAGCAGACGAGGCUUACAAACUCGAUUGCCAAGAACUUCCUAUUCAGUCACAUGGAUGAUGAGCAAAAGGCCCAGGUCCUGGGAGCGAUGCAAGAGAAGCCAAUCCCGGCAAAAGAUAUCAAAGUGAUUACCCAAGGCGACGCUGGUGACUAUUUCUAUGUCGUCGAAAAGGGAACAUUCAAUGUCUUUGUCAACUCGUCCGGGAUUCAACAACCCGGCCCCGAUGGUCUUGGGACCCAGGUCGGCAGCAUCGGAGAAGGAGGUUCCUUUGGCGAGCUUGCCCUCAUGUACAAUGCGCCCCGUGCUGCUACUAUAAUCUCAGCUGAGCCACACAGCAUGCUUUGGGCCUUGGACCGACUGACCUUCCGCCGGAUCCUGAUGGAGUCGACGUUCCAACGACGGCGCAUGUACGAGAGCUUUCUGGAGGAGGUGCCCCUGCUCAAGACGCUCACAUCAUACGAACGAUCCAAGAUCGCCGAUGCCCUCGAGACGCAGAAGUAUCCACCGGGGACCGCCGUCAUCAAGGAGGGCGACCCAGGCUACGACUUUUACCUGCUCGAGAGCGGUGAAUGCGACGCAUUCAAGGAAGGUGUCCACAAGGAACGGAUCAACCUCAGGCACUACGAAAAGGGCGACUUCUUUGGUGAGCUGGCGCUGCUCAACGACGCGCCCCGGGCGGCCACCGUGGUCAGCGUGACGGAAGUCAAGGUUGCCAAGCUUGGCAAGAAUGCCUUCAACCGCCUGCUAGGCCCGGUUGAGAGUAUCAUGAGAAGAACAAAGUACGAAGAUGUCAAGUCCGGUGUUGAAGAUGUGGACCCGCUCCAGUCGGCGUAG